UUCUCUCCUUCCUCCGUGUCACCAUUAUACUGUGAUGCGCUUUUACUUAAACUCUCACGAGUUUUCAGUUCAAUUGGAGAUCAAUUGGACUGUUCCCGCCCUCCCCUCUCCUCAGACGCGGCAUUUUUAGACUUCAGUCUCUUCACGUAACCUCCGUGUAUUCCUUCAUAUUUCCUGUCACUGACUGGCUUAACUGCGGCUUGAGCUGUAUAUUUCCGACCGCAAUUUCUAAAAUCUGCUGCCCCCUUAUGUCCUUUUUAGGGUGGUGCAGCUAUAAAUAUAUAUAAUUUUUUCCUCAUUAUUAUAUAUUAUCCAUUCCUAACUAUAUAUAACAGUUUACUAACUAGUAAUUAAUUAUAUAUUAAUUGGUUAUUACCUAAUUCAUAAUAUGUACAAUACAUCAUACUUCAUCAUUUUACAAAAUACAAAUAUGUCUUCUGAACAAACUUCUACUAAAGAUUGUGAAUAUGUGUCUACUGAGCAGAUACAAGAUAUUGUUGACCAAUCUGUGUCAAUGUCAGAACAAAAGGCAGUUAAUUCUGCAAUGGUUACUAUGCAUGAGUCUGUGACGAAGUCGGUUGCUAUGGCAAUCUCUCAGUCUUUCGCUCAUAAAGCAGCCCAAAGCGCUAAACAUACAAAAAAAUACUCCUGUAAAGAGGCAUUCUGAUUAUGAAGGCCAUAACCCUCAGAAACACAGAAAAUCUAUUCCUACUGAGGUGUGCCAGGAAACUGAAGAAGGCAUGCGUCCUUAUUGCAGCCAUACUGCAGAUGCUCCUUCAUUGCAUCUUUCACCCUCCAUUCGUGAGGAAGUAAAUAAAGUACAGAUUAGUAAAGCCUCUCAUCAGUCAAAACCGAAUUCUUUUCAGGAAUGCUCUGAGGACACUUCUGCAAAGGAUUCUAUUUCCUCAGAUUCUGAUGACGCCCUCCUAUUACCCAAUUGAUUCGGAGGGCAGUGAUACAAAUUUCGAUGAAAUUGAUACUGGGAAUGCCACUAUCAUAUUUGAUAGCACAGGCAUCCCCUUUUUCGAUCCCUCCCACAUCAGGCAUCCUAGGUUGGGAGAGUGGAUCAAUAUUUAUCCCACUGGAUUAAAAAAGGGCUUGAUAAAAAGUCCCGUAACAAACUUAGAGCAGAGUACCCUAGGCCUACUCUUCCCGCUAAUGAUGCAGCAGCUCCUGAACUUGACCCCAUUUUGAUCAAGUAUCUGCAAAAAUCAGGGAAAAACCCUAAGAAGGGUGUUGACUAUGCCUUCAGGACAUGUCAGGAUAAGGUCCUCGACCUCCUGGGCCCCCUUACAAAAAUUUUGGAGCUAUCUGAAGAGGCCUCUGUGUCAGAUACUCCUAUUGAUGUUAACACCCUAAAGGGUUGGUCUCAAAGAGCAUUCACUAGCAUUGCCUAAGAGGCAUAUAUCUCCAAUGAACGGACACGGUCAAUUUUAAUGAAGUUGGAUCCCCAGUUGGCCCAUUUAGCCACUUCUGAGUCCUUCACACCUACUGAGGGUCUCCUGUUUGGGGAUAAUUUCAUAAAAGAAAUCUCCAAAUAUGUCGGCCUAUUUUCGUCUUUAGAAAAGGCACAGGCCUCAUUAAAAAAAAGGUAUUUUCAAAUAAAAUUUGUGAAGGCUGGGAAAAAUCGGGCCAUUUUCCCAGCCGAGCCCCACAGUUCAGAUCACAGUUUUGAGGCCCCCCUCAACAAGACAGACAAUCCUACAGUGUUUCUGUUCCCCAACUCCAGCCUUUCUUCCCCUACCGAGGACAGCCCUGGAGCGCAAGGGGUCAAAGAGGUGCCAACCGGUCAAGACCUUCCUCAGGUGGUCCUGGCAUCAGUCCCUGGUCAAGACACCUACAUGGCCAUAAAAAUCAUCAACAAAAAAGAGGGCAAUGAGGAUACCAUCAAGAGAAAGUUGCGGAUACUCCUGGCGGCCCGAGACUGUCCGUUUCUAUGCCACCUCUACGCCGCACAUCAGUCUUUGGAGCGUGCCUACUUCAUCACAGAAUAUCUGUCUGGCGGCAGUCUGGAGGAUUUGAUCAGGGUGUGCGGCUAUCUGGACAUCAACAACAUAAGGUUCUACGCAGCAGAGAUGGUAUGUGGGCUCCAGUUCCUCCAUGGACAGAACAUCGUCCACAGAGACCUCAAGCCGGAGAACAUCAUGUUGGAUGCAGAAGGCCACAUCCGCAUCAUUGACCUGGGCCUGGCACAAGAUGGAGUCACAGCCUCCAGUAGGAUCGAUGGAGUGACAGGAACAUUCUACUACAUGGCCCCGGAGGUGCUUCUCGGGAAGGAGUAUUGUACAGCAGUUGACUGGUGGAGCCUCGGGAUUGUGUUGUGCAGGAUGGCAACAGGACGCUUCCCAUUUUACAUUGGCCACAGCAAGCAGAAGGUUUUCAGAGCCAUCACCAGAAAGGAGCCGAAAUUUCCACCCGGGCUGGAUACUGCUAUUGAACAUCUCAUCACUCAACUGCUACGCAAGAAUCCGGACAAGCGCCUGGGGGUGCGAAGAAACAUCCGGACGCAUCCAUUCUUUUCCACCAUUGGCUGGGAGGAGCUGGAGGAGAAGAGAGCAGAGCCACCAUGGAAGCCGUAUAAGACAGUUCUGCAAAAUCACCAUCUGCAGUGGCCAGAGGACACAGAGACUCCCCAUCAUGUGACCGGAUUCAAUUAUACGUCACCAAGCUGGGCCCGGUAUAUGAGAAGAUCUGGACUCUGAGGACCCCGCGGCUACUGCCCAGAACCUCCGGUCUCUUGACCCCAUGCCUCAUGUCUCUGCUGCUGUUACCUUGGCUGCCCUAGAACAUCAUCUCCCACCUCAACAUAGACUUGGCAUCCUUCAAUCCAGGGCUGGCAUCCAACAUCACUGCAGCCCGAAGAUCCUCUAUGCCCCAGGAGUGGCCUGUGCUUAGAUUCCAUCUGGUGAGUUCAGGAACAAUAGUCGCAUGUUGUGGUCCUGGGAUGCUGAGUGAUGUCUAUUAUCCCUGAACUCACCCAAGCACAGGCCGGGUAAGUACCACACCCACCACAACCCACACACACUACAAGAUAGGGAUAGGUGCACACACAAAGACACAUACCACAGAUAGGGGACAUAUAUCGGCUCGAUCCAGGGAUUUAUUCUGACCGCCAUAUUUGGGGUCGGGAAGGAAUUUUUUCCCUGAUUUGAGGACAAUUGGCUCAUUCCUUACAGGGGGUUUUCGCCAUUCCCCUGGAUCAACAUAGCCAUAAAUAGGUUUAGCAAAUUAAUAUCAUGAAUUACCCUAUUAGUAACAAAACAAAUUCUAAAAAAAUAAUAAUAAAAAAUAAUAAUAAUAAAAAAAUUAAUAUAUAUAUAUAUAUAUAUAUAUAUAUAUUUAUAUAUUAUCUUAAAAUUGUAUUUGUCCCAACCAUAAACAUUAGACUAACACACAUGAAUAAUUAAAUAAAAUAAUAAUUUAAAUUAAUUUACCCCCCUACCUAUCACUCAGGUUUGGUACCAGCCUUUGAUCCAGGGAUUUAUUCUGACCGCCAUAUUUGGGGUCGGAAAGGAAUUUUCCCCCAUGAAAAUAAGGACAAUUGGCUCAUUCCUUACAGGGGGUUUUCGCCUUCUCCUGGAUCAACAUAACCGUAAAUAGGUAUAAUAUUUAGUGUAUGUGUGUAUAUAUAUAUAUAUAUAUAUAUAUAUAUAUAUAUAUAUAUUUUAAUAACAUAAAAAUUCCCUUUUACAAACAAAAGAUAUAUUAAAAAUAUAUAUAUUUGCCCUAAACAUAUACUUUAGACUAGUACACAAUUAUAAUAAAAAAAAUUAUUUAAAACUAACCUACACCCCUACCACACACAUAGAUUAGGUAUCGGCCUUUGAUCCUGGGAUUUAUUCUGACCGCCAUAUUUGGGGUCGGGAAGGAAUUUUCCCCCCUGGUAAUAAGGACAAUUGGCUCAUUCCUCACAGGGGGUUUUCGCCUUCCUCUGGAUCAACACGGUUCAGUACAACAGACCACAGACUUACACAUACACAUAUAUAUUAGUAUAAAGCAAAUUUGUUCAUCACUGUCCCCCCAUCCCUAUAAAUAAACUCUUUCUUUUA